AAUGCUGCGCUGGCGCCCCCUCUCGGCAGUUAUGGGUUAGUGUCGGUGCACGGAGCUGCAGAAUGAGACAGAGGAGCGUUCUCACGUUUCCCCAUUUCUCCCAGCCGUCUCCGCGCGCGCUCCGCCGCUUCCACAUCACGGCCGAAGGCAGCAACACGCGCCCGGCGUGCCCCAAAUCCUGCGGCCUCCACGUUCGCCUCAGCCGCACGGCUGAAAACUCCUGGCUUCUUCUUCUAUGCUGAGCUUUUUGGUACCCUAGAUGAUGCUGGAUGCUGUAGUGAACAAAAGGUGAAAACAUUUCUAAGGGAACAGUCCAGCUGAGAUGACCAGGGUGACCUCACCUUCCUCAAGAAAUCAUUCUCCAGUCAAACAACAAGAGGCAGACUCUCUGUGGGACAUAGCUGGCAGGCUCACAUGAUGGACAGGUCAUGGAGACCCAUCAUCAUUUUCCCUGAGUGACUCUGCCUGCUGGCCCUCCUUCUGAGGCAUAAACGUGUACCAGUGGUCCAAAGCUCCCCAUUUCUCUGCCAUGGUGACAUAAGCAGCACUGCAGCAUGAGGGAGAGCCAACGUGAGACCGUCUCAUUUUUGUCUCCAGUAGCUGCUGCAGCUGCUACCUUCACACCAAUUAUUUGUAGCUAAAUAACGAGACUUUAGUGUGAAUAAUACCUGCUCACUGUUUUAUACCAACGCCAAGAAAGACUGUCCCCAGGGCGUGUUGCUGGGCUGGUACGUGGGGCGGAGUAGUGGCGUGAGACGAUGCUGGGAUGUGUGACACGUCUCCGUCGGCUAGUCCGCCUCCUCCCCCUGCAGACUUCCCUCCUCCUCCUAUUUCUCUUCUGCACUGUCAGUGUCUUCAUCUCUGCCUACUUCCUUUAUGGCGUUAAACGGGAGCUGGAGCCAUCAGGAAGUGGCGUUUCAGGGGCCGAAGGCGCAUCUGCUGACCUGGAGGACUCGAGGGUUACUCCAUCCCGGCUGCUACCUAUACGGAGUGUGUCAGGGGGACUUGGGGUAGAUCCCGCAGGAGCCAGAACAAAUCCUGUGGUUCUGGUGUUCGUGGAAAGCCAGUAUUCUCAACUGGGUCAAGAGAUUGUGGCCAUUUUAGAGUCUGGACGGUUCCGUUACCGUACUGAGAUUUCUCCUGGUAAAGGGGACAUGCCCACAUUGACGGACAAAGAAAGAGGACGAUUCACGCUGGUGAUUUAUGAGAACAUUUUAAAGUAUGUUAACUUGGAUGCGUGGAACCGGGAGCUGCUGGACAAGUACUGUGUGGAAUAUGGAGUCGGCAUCAUUGGUUUUUUCAAGGCCAAUGAAAACAGCCUGCUAAGCGCCCAGUUGAAAGGCUUUCCACUUUUUCUCCACUCUAACUUGGGUCUGAAGGACUGUGCCGUCAACCCAAAGUCACCCCUCCUUUUUAUCACUCGAUCUGGGCGGCCUCUACCAGGUCCCCUCCCAGGGGACGACUGGACUGUUUUCCAAUCCAACCACUCCACGUACGAGCCUGUGUUGCUGGCCAAGACCCAGUCAGCUGAGAGCGUGGCCUCCAUGGGGCAGAAUGCUGCCUUGCUUCCAUCAGUGGUGCAGGACCUGGGGCUCCAUGACGGCAUCCAGCGGGUUUUGUUUGGCAACAACUUGGUGUUCUGGUUGCACAAGCUGGUGUUUGUGGAUGCAGUUGCAUUUCUGACUGGGAAAAGGCUCUCGCUGUCUCUCGAGCGCUACGUCCUCGUGGAUAUAGAUGACAUCUUCGUGGGCAAGGAGGGCACACGCAUGAAGGUGCCGGAUGUAAAGACCCUGCUGGAGACGCAAAGGGAGUUGCGCACACAUGUGCCCAACUUCACCUUCAAUCUGGGCUUCUCAGGGAAAUUCUACCAUGCAGGAUCGGAUGAGGAGGAUCUGGGAGAUGACCUGUUGCUUUCCUAUGUGAAGGAGUUCUGGUGGUUCCCUCACAUGUGGAGCCACAUGCAGCCGCAUCUGUUUCACAACCAGUCUGUGCUGGCUGAGCAGAUGUUGCUCAACAAGAAAUUUGCCAUGGAGCACGGAAUACCAACAAACAUGGGCUAUGCUGUGGCGCCCCACCAUUCUGGUGUCUACCCUGUCCAUAUGCAGCUGUACGAUGCCUGGAAGAAGGUGUGGAACAUCAAAGUGACCAGCACAGAGGAGUACCCGCACCUAAAGCCUGCCCGUUUCCGCCGAGGUUUCAUCCACAGUGGCAUUAGUGUGUUGCCACGGCAGACAUGUGGUCUCUUCACACACACCAUCUUCUAUAAAGACUACCCAGGAAGUCCGAAUGAACUGGACAAGCUCAUAAACGGAGGAGAGCUGUUCCUUACGGUCAUGCUCAACCCGAUUAGCAUCUUCAUGACCCACUUGUCCAACUAUGGGAAUGACCGCCUGGGCUUGUACACAUUUAAAAGUCUGGUAAUGUUUGUACAAACGUGGACCAACUUGAAGAUGCAGACUCUCCCGCCUGUGCAGCUGGCACAGAAAUACUUCAGCCUCUUCCCCUCUGAGAAAGAUCCUCUCUGGCAGGAUCCCUGUGAGGACAAAAGGCACAAGGACAUAUGGUCCAAAGAGAAAACUUGUGACCGCUUCCCUAAAUUGCUCGUCAUCGGGCCUCAGAAGACAGGGACGACAGCGCUCUAUCUGUUCCUUGGCAUGCACCCAGACUUGACCAGUAACUACCCCAGCAAGGAGACUUUUGAGGAGAUCCAGUUCUUCAAUGGGCACAACUACCACAGAGGCAUUGACUGGUAUAUGGAGUACUUCCCUCUGCCUUCCAACACGAGCUCAGACUACUACUUUGAGAAAAGUGCCAACUACUUUGACUCUGAGGUGGCAGCUCAAAGGGCUGCAGCUCUCCUUCCCAAAGCCAAAAUUAUCACCAUCCUCAUUAACCCAGCUGACAGAGCUUACUCCUGGUACCAGCACCAAAGAGCCCAUGAUGACCCAGUGGCGUUGAAAUACUCCUUCCAUGAUGUCAUCGCAGCAGGUCAUGAUGCUCCUGUCAAACUACGCGUCCUCCAGAACCGUUGUCUGGUUCCAGGCUGGUACGCCAUCCAUCUGGAGCGCUGGCUCAAUUACUACCACUCUAGCCAGUUACUAGUUUUGGACGGACAGAUGCUGAAGACCGAGCCAGCCUCAGUCAUGGACAAAAUCCAGAAGUUUUUAGGCUUGGCAAACAUUAUCAACUACCACAAGAUCCUUGCCUUUGAUCCGAAGAAAGGCUUUUGGUGUCAGCUGCUGGAAGGAGGCAAGACCAAGUGUUUGGGAAAGAGUAAAGGACGUAGAUACCCUGACAUGACCCCUGAGUCACAGGCUUUCCUCAGGGAGUACUACAGGGAUCACAACAUUGAGCUGUCCAAACUCCUGUAUAGGAUGGGCCAGCCUCUUCCCAGCUGGCUCAGAGAAGAACUUAUCCACACCAGGUAGCAGCACCCCGCCCGGAGAUAAAAAAAAAAAACUCUGCCACUGCUCAACCCUGCCGGGGGUCACAGCAAGUACGAAGAUCACAGUAGAUUUUGAAAGAAAUUGAACUGGACUGAGAUCAGUGAUGGCAUACCCUCUAAGAUCUGUGAUCUUCCUAGAUGUUUGGGGCAAAUGGUAAAUGAGGAGAGAUCAUGAAUGCUAACAGGUGGGUGCAGCGAGCACAGACUGUGUUAGCAGGUAAUCGUGCUGCCCUCUCUCGUCUGAGCUUCAUGACACCACCAUCACCCCACCUGCAGGACAAACCAGGAAGAAAGAAAGAAAGACCAGUGAUACUCCCCCUCUGUGUUCUGAAGAAGCUGAUGUACAGGGCGCUGGUCUCCUGAACCUGACCUUUUCUUCUUCAUGUUAACUUUAUUCUAAGGAAGGAAUUAAUCUGAACACUCAAACACUGGCCCCCGCUGUGUGGUUUUUGUUUGGAACACAUUAAAAUGAGCAAAUGAACAUAAGUGAAUGACAGCGUGACUGACAGACACUUUUGCGUGAUUGUAGAAGAACGGGAAAAUCUAGAGUUUUGACUCGGGCUGCAUGUUGUAGCCUCACUUUGAUAGGCCUUGAUAUAAUCUAGUUAUUGCAUUUAAAAGUGCCAGGACAGAAUUUUCAACAAAAUGUGGAUGUUUGAGGGUUUGUUUGUUUGUGUUUUUUUUGUUGUUUUUUUUUAAUUCAGUGAUUUUUCUUUACUCAGAUGUUAUUUUAACUUUCCUGUAAUGCUAAUGACAAUGCAUUAUUUUAGAAUGUACCAAAACUAAAUCUUUUAGCUCAGUUUCAUUUGUCACAUAGGCCCGAUGUACAGUUGGUUUUGUUAGACUGUCCGGCUCUGCCUCCUGUUUAGUGAGUGCCAUGAUGGCUGAACUGGCUAAAACGGGAACAACAGUGUGGAUGUUGAAAGCACAAUAUUUAAACUGUUGAAGCUAACAUGAAUCGUGAACAUACAGGUAAAUGCAAAGCACAUUCACUAAACAAUUUCUGCUCCAAGUGACACCAUGAGCAAGCUACGACAUGCUAAUUUAGAACUCCAGUUCUCGAGAUUCAGAUGGUGUACAAAACAGACUGUGCAUUUAAAAUCCAUUUUAAGCAUUUGGUUGUGUUCGUCUAUAGUUUAACUUCAUGUAGUUGAGGAGGUCAAGAUAGGAAAAAAAAAGCUGUCUUGGAAAACUUGAAAACUUUCCAGGCAAACAAACGGUGCGGACAUUUGGGUGUCAGUCAAGUUGUUACCACUGCAACUAGAUGUCAAGCUUAGAUGACAAAAGCUGCUGUUAUUGCAAUAGUUUUGUACAAUGUUCUGAUGUAAUAACAAUGCACAUGUUGGUCCUUUAUUUCCUAACUUUGUACAUAAUAAGCAAACCUCAGUAGACCUAAAUUAUUGAAUGUGUUUGGGUUUACACUCUGCAUCAGCCCAUUCCCAUAGUGUGAAAUGUCAGUGCUGUACUAAAUGGAGAGGAGUGUCUUGUCUGUGUCGAUAAGAUUUCCUCUCAUGUCCUCUCACUGCCAACUAUUGUACAGAGAUACUGAGUCUCUCCAUAUAAAGUAUUAAGUGAUAAAGUAUAACAGCAACAAUGGUACUAAUCUUCUGGACUGUAUGAUAAAGAUUUGUAACUGUUGUCAAUAAUUUUUACAGUGUAACUAAUAUUGUCGGUGCUUUUUAAUUUGCAAAUAAAACACCACUGUAUUUUUCA